AUGCACCAGGCCCACCUUCCCGCCGUCCUCCUCCUUUCUAUCCUGUCCCUCGCCUCGGCCCUGCCCUACCCCUACCCGUCCGCGCUCGACCUCGUCCCGUCGUACGCUCGCGCCAACUCGACGACGCCUCUCGACGAGCGCCAAGCCUGGCAGCAAUCGCUUGUUCGGCGACAGCGUGUAGCCGCACCGGUGGUCGCUGCGACGCCCGUCGCCGUGCGACCAGGCGCGGCAGCCGCAGCGGCGGCGGCGGCGGCGGCGGCGGCAAGCAGCUCAGCUGCUCUGAGCGCCGCACAAGCGGCAGCUCGGGCCGCGUCCGACGCCGCCCGGACGAGCGCCGUCAUCAACCGAGCUACGCGUGCCGCGGCAACGGCGCUCCCGGUCAACGUCAAGGCCACUGCCGCCCUUGCCGCGACGAGCAGCUUGGCGUCCGUUCCGGCGACCCCGAUUCGCCCUCGACCGGCGCCGUCGGCGUCGAGCUCCGUCACCGAGGCCUCAACCACCACGGCGUCUUCUAUCGCGCUCGCCACGUCUUCCACGCCCAUCUCGGCCGACAGCGCGACCGACGAGACGAGCAGCUUUUCGUUCGACCUCACCCCUUCCACCGCGCCGCCGUCUGCUCCAGCUCGUUCCUCCGACAUCAGCCGUCAAGCGUCAGAGAGCAACGUCGUCGUCGCAAAGAGCUCGGAGAAGAGCGGCAGCGGCAGCAUCUUCUCGCCGUCCUCGAAGCUGUUCGCGGUCGGCGUCCUCAUCAUCGUCGGCAUCGUCGUUCUCGCCGUCCUCGCCGCACUCUUCGUCAUCAAGCGCGCGGCACACUCGCGCCGGUACGCCGACGAGCGCGACUACCCGCACGGCCUGCCGCCGGCCAUCCUCGACGAGCUCAAGGAGAAGCCGCACUCGAGACGCUCGGGCUCGUCUCCCGGCCACGCGUCGCUCCUCGCCGAUGCACAGCCGCCCGCAGGAGCCGAGGCGGCCGCGCGCGAGUGGAACGCUCGAGCGCCGGUCGCUCGGGUCCCGCCGCCGCCCUUCGUCCCGAGCUCGACGCCGACGAGACAUCCUCUGCGCCCGUCGUCGCCUUCUCGAGGGUCUGUCCCGCCGCCGCCACCGCCCAAGCCCAUCCUGUCGACCGCGCCGCUUCCGACCGUCGACGGUGCGGCUCGUCCGCCCCCUUCUCGUCACUCGCCUCCCUCCCUCGGCCGCCUCGUCCCCGAUACCGCUCGGCCAUCGAGCAUGUACGAGCCGGCGAGGCCGCCGCAGCCGUCGGCGCUCGCAGAACUGAGCCGGCACCGGUACAGUCCGCCGAGGGGCAGGGAGAGCCACCUCCGACACGAGCUCUAG